AUGAGUCGAUGCUCCUCGCGCAGGAAGAUCGCCCGCGGCCACGGGCUGGAACGUGGCAGCCAUGGCUCAGAAGUGGCGGCGGCGGCGGCGGCGUCGGCGGCGGCUGUGGUUCCGACCGCGUCUCGUCGACCAGGACUCGCCCCGCUCCGGCCACAUGUUCCGAUGCUGCCAUAA